GAAAAAAUUAGGUCGCCACAAGAACUAGUUUGAAGUCCGCGACUUCCCUCCCUCCCUAUCUCCAAUCUUCAAUCCCUCUGCCGGAAUUCAAUUUCUUCGAAUUCACACUCCAAGUCCAAUUCCCACUCUUUUUACCCCACAACUCUUCGAAAUUCUAGUUACGCCCCACAAUUAGAACAGGUAUUCCAUUCCCAUUUCGCUCCCAUUGACGUCAAUCGAUCGUCACCACUAUUGGGGCCCUAAUUUCAACUUCUUUGAGGUUUUGGGACCGUACUGUCCUAAAAUUGGGUCAAAUUUUGCGAAUUUAUCUGUUUUGGAGGGUACCAGUAGGUACAAGUUCAAGUUCUCGAUGAAAUUGAUCGAAUUUCCGACGUGGGUUUGCUGAAUUGAUCGGGGUUGACGUGGGUUUGCUAGGGUUUUAGCGAAAGUCUUGGUUAGGAGCGGUGAUGGACUACGAACUCUCAGAUAGCAGUGGAACGGAUGAUGACCUUCCGCCGUCUCAUCAAAAUAGGUUUCAAAGAGGAGGCCGAACUUCUGGGAAUGGAAGGUCAGCAGCCGUCGGUUCUGCUCCAUUAUCUAGGAUGCAUGGUGACAUGGAAAUCCAGAUUCACCGCAUUGAGCAAGAAGCAUACUGUUCAGUUCUAAGGGCGUUUAGUGCUCAAUCUGAUGCCCUCACCUGGGAUAAGGAAACUUUAAUUACGGAACUUAGAAAGGAGCUGAGAGUAUCUGAUGAGGAACACAGAGAACUUUUGUCCAGGGUCAAUGCCGAUGACAUGAUCCAGAGAUUAAGGGAAUGGAGAAAAACAAGUGGGGUCCAACAUGGUACACUUAAUGCUGCUCAGCCUGUUCAUGACCCCCUGCCUAGUCCAACUGUUUCAGCAUCACGCAAGAAACAGAAAACAUCACAGUCCUUAUCCCUCGGUGCUGCAACUCCUGCGUUGCCUCCAUCCAUGCAACAAUCCUCUGCAGCUUUGAGACGAGGUCCUCCUCCAGGACCUCGGAACAAGAAACCAAAAUCUUCCACACAGUACCCUUCUGCAAAUAUUCCUGGAAGGCCCCAAGCCACUAAUCGAGGUCCUACCGGUGCCUUUGUGGAAAAUGAGCCUGCUGAGGGAGAAACUGAUGAUCCGUUAGUAGGAAGAAAAGUUUGGACAAGGUGGCCUGAAGACAAUCACUUCUAUGAGGCUGUUAUAACUAAUUUCAACCGUGCUGAGGGUCUACAUGCUCUGGUUUAUGAUAUUGGUACAGUGGAUGAGACAUGGGAAUGGGUCAAUCUAAAAGAGAUAUCUCCUGAAGAUAUUCGGUGGGAAGCUGAUGAUCCUGGGAUUUCUCGUAAAGGCGGUCGACCUGGACCUGGACCUGGACCUGGCCGAGGGAAUAAAAAGUCCACGGCACGUGGUGGUGCAGUUGCAGGUGCAGGAAGAGGUAGAGGGACUGCAAAGGGUUCCAAGAAGGAUUUGCCUCCGCAACUAAAUGGCAUUGGCAGGAAGGCAAUGAGCGACAUUGAAAUACUUCAUACAGGCUCGUUGAUUAAAGAGGUGGAAAAGGUUUUCAGAGCCAGCCAUCCUGACCCCAUGGAGAUUGAGAAAGCCAAGAAAGUUCUCAAAGAGCAUGAACAGGCACUGGUCGAUGCAAUUGCAAGACUCGAAGAUGCAUCUGACGUUGAAAGCGUGAAUGUAUCUCUGAAGCAGCACGGCUGCGCAACGUCUUAUUAACUUUUGCUGAUGACCAAUGUCCCAUUUUUCUUCCUUGUUUGGCUUCAAAACAGAUGAACAUACAUUCUCCCAAAGACAAUCACUAGACCCAGAACGCGGAUGGAGAAAACGGCAGUAUGACGAAAUGGCUGAAGGUCGGGGGGGUUGAUGGUUCAAAUGGCAACAAAAUGACCAGGGACGGCAGAAUUGCAUCCGAUGAUCAACGUUUUGAGAGUGACGACAUAUGAUAUAUUCCUCCUUGUAGUAUCUGUGCCAUGUUCGGAUUUGAUGUCGAAUCAAGUGAAUGAUUAGUGUAAGCGUUAGGCUUCGUUUCAGUUUUAGUUUAACCUUAAUUAUGUUUUCGGGGUUGUACUGGAUGACACUUGACUGUAAAGAUUGAUUUAACGACUC